AUGUCAAAGAGACAAGCCACAGGACAAAUCACUAAGGAUCCUAGAGAAAGGGAUUUCCUUAGUAGUGAUGAUGAAUCUCAACCAGUAGCUUCAAUUGCAUCGGCUGAUGUUUUAGCCAAGAGAAAUAUAAUCAAGCCUCGAUCUAGAAUUGGGGCUAAAACGGGAGGUAAUGCCUUUGGUGGUGUAUCUGGGUUCAGUAACAACGGGUUCAAUGGGUUUGCUUCUGCUAAUAACAAACCUGCUUCAACCACUACGAAUGGUUUUGCAUCGUUUGGAAGUGCACAAGUUGCUCCAGCUCCAUCUAUCACCAAUACAUCUACCGCAUUUGCCAAGGAUCCUAAUGAAGUCAUCAAGGCUUUGAAUGAGAAGUUUGUGCAAGCUAUUGUCAAGGCCAACGAGGGGGACUCGGUUGCAGACUUUACUACAAUUGCCCAAAAGUACAUUGACUAUUACAAGAACCUCAAGGGUAAUAACAACAAGGUACCAUCAUCGACCACUGCCCCAGUUCUGAUUCCAUCUUCAACUCCUCCAACUACUGCACCAACCACUGUCGCGGCCCCUUCAACCAAGAAGGUGGAAAAGAAGCCUGUGGAAUCAUCAGACUCUGAAUCUUCAGAUGAAGAAAUUAAAAUUGAAGGUCCAAAAUUCACUUUAACUUCAAAACCAACUGCUAAGAACUCUCCCUUCUCCUUUGGGCCUAAGCCUGCUCAAAAGAAGGAUGACUCAGACUCCGAAUCAGAAAUUGAAAUUAAAGGUCCUACUUUCAGUUUCAACAAACCUAUCAAGGACAAUGUUUUCAAAUUUAAGUCUGCUGACACGACUGGAUCUAGUGGCUCUUUUGGAACUCCGGUAGUAGAUAAGAAGGAUGAGCCUACUCCAAAACCUGCAUUUUCUUUUAAUAAUGAUACUAAGAAGGAUGAACCAAAGCCAUUUUCCUUUGGUGCUCCAGCCACUGAAAAGAAGGAAGAAACCAAGCCUACCUUUUCAUUCGGUGCUCCUGCAGCUGAAAAAAAGAAUGACUCAAAGCCUGCUUUCUCAUUUGGUGCCCCAGCUGUUGUUGCUGAAAAGAAAGACGAAGCCAAGCCUUCCUUUUCCUUUGGUGCCCCAGCUACUACUGAAAAGAAGGAUGAUGCUAAACCUGCCUUUUCGUUCGGUGCCCCAGCUACUACUGAAAAGAAGGAUGAUGCUAAACCUGCCUUUUCGUUCGGUGCUCCAGUUGCAACCGAGAAGAAGGAUGAACCAAAACCAGCUUUCUCCUUUGGAACUCCUGCCACUGAAAAGAAGGAUGAUUCUAAACCUGCAUUCUCAUUCGGAACUACCGCUCCACCUGUAGUCUCUGAAAAGAAGGAAGAUUCCAAGCCUUCCUUUACUUUUGGUGCCCCAGCUACUACCGGAUCUAAGCCUGCAUUGUCCUUUGGUGCUGCAGCUUCUACUGAGUCCAAACCAGCAUUCUCAUUUGGCUCUGCUACGAAACCAGCCUCUUCUUUUGGUGAAUCAACACCAUUCUCCUUUGGAUCUUCUGACCAAACUAAGCCAGCAUUCUCUUUCGGUUCCAAACCAAAUGAUUCCAAGCCUGCUAGUGCAUUCAAUUUCGCAUCAAACGGCACCGCACCAACUCCAACUACCAAUGGCUCUGCUACCGCGGAUGAUGCUGUAGAAGAAGAGGAAGCAAAUGUAAACUUUACUCCAGUUGCUUCUUUAGGAAAUGAAAAGGUCGACACUUCGAAGACUGGAGAAGAAGAUGAAGAGUUGUUGUACACCAAGCGCGCCAAAUUAAUGUUGUUUGUUCCAUCCAACAAGGAACAACCAUAUGCCAACAAGGGAUUGGGUGAAUUAAAGGUGUUGAAAAAUAACCAGACUAACAAAUCCAGAAUCUUAGUUAGAGCCGACGGUGGAUUAAGAGUCUUGUUAAAUGCUUUGGUUAACAAGGAUGUUCAAUAUGAUACCAUUGGGAACGGUUCCAUGGUACGUGUACCUACUGUUAAUGCUGACAAGUCCAUUGAAACGUUCAUCUUGAAAGUGAAAACUCCGCAAGACGGACAAGAUUUGUUGAAGGUACUUAACGAAGCUAAAUAG